CUUAAUGCAGAUCGACAUUUCGUAUAUUUGGGAUCAUCAAAUUCGCAGAUGCGCGAUCAUGGAUGUUACUUUUUUGAUGCUGGUGAAAAUGGAGGACAAGUGGACACGAUUCGUGCUCAACUAGGUGUUUUUGAUCGUUCGAAUAUACCGAAACUGAUGGCACGAAUAGGACAAUGCUUCACUCAAGCAAAGGAAUCUCAAGUGAAAUUGCUCGAUAAACAUCACAAUCAAACGUUCGAUGUAAUCGGUGGUCGAAAUACGAGCGGUGAGCCGUAUACAUUUUCCGACGGUUGUGGACGGAUAUCGAAGGAGUAUGCAAAAGACAUUGCGAAAGAUUUGGGCCUUGAGAAGUGUGUACCGAGUUGUUUGCAGAUUCGGUUCCGCGGCAUCAAGGGUGUUGUAUCAGUGGAUCCUUGGCUAUCCGAUCGAUUGAAAUGGUCACACAAGUAUCUGAAUCCGGAUAGUGAGGCGGAAAUUAACGGGAAGAAUGAAUUGCGUAUUCAGUUCAGACCAUCACAGGUUGUGUUUUGUGCUCGGUUUUCUUCUUUCAGUUCGUUUGAGCUGUAUCUUUUUUCGAUCGAAUUUUUGAUUUACUCUUCAAUAAUUUAUUCAUUCACUCAGCACAUUACUGUUUAUUUUGCGUAUAAACGAUGNUUGUUGGACAAGGAAUUAAUGGAAAUGGCUAAGGCACUUAUGUGUGAGGAUAGUUGUCGAGAUAGAUUAGGUGAACUUCCGCGGCGUAUGAACAUUGAAGAGUUAUCACUAGCUGAUGGAUUCGCUCUCACUCAAGAACCAUUCUUUAGAAAGAAGCAACUAUCAAAAGCGCAAAUUAAAAUCCCACAAUAUUUGGGUCGAACGAUGUUCGGCGUUAUCGAUGAGACAGGCAUAUUGCAAUACGGACAGGUCUUUGUGCAAUAUUCCAAAACGAUCACUAAUAAGAAACCAAGUCCAAAUGCAUCCAAAGCGAUUCUCAAAGGACCGAUUUUGUUGACAAAAAAUCCACAAAUAGUGGCCGGUGACGCGCGAGUAUUCGAUGCCGUGGAUGUACCCGAAUUAAGACAUUUAGUUGACGUUGUUGUUUUUCCGCAGUACGGACCAAGAACACACCCUGACGAAAUGGCUGGCUCCGAUUUGGACGGCGAUGAAUAUUGCGUAAUAUGGGAUCGGGAACUGUUGUUGGAAAAUAAUGAAGAGCCAAUUGACUACACCAGAUCAGCGCGUGUGCCUGACAACGUUGCCGAGUCGGAAUUGGUACCGGAGAUGAUAAAAUUCUUCGUGAAUUACAUCAAACAUGAUUCAAUUGGUACGAUCGCAAAUGCGUUUAUGGUGAACGCAGACCUUUACGGUAUUGACAGUCAGGUUCUCACCUUCUCUCUGUUCUUUUAG